AGGGGGCGGGGCUUGCCGAAUCAGGUGGGUUUGGGAGCCAACUGCGGCUGCGCGGCGGCGACAGCGAUGGCGGCGGCCGUGUCGGUCUCGGUGUUGGCGCCGAAUGGGCGCCGGCAGACGGUGAAGGUGACGGGCAGCACCUCGCUGCUGCAGGUUUUAGAAGAGGUGUGUAGGAAACAGAGUUUCAAUCCUGAAGAAUAUUCUCUCAAAUUCCAGAGGAACAUUUUGGAUUUGUCGCAGCAGUGGAGAUUUGCCAACGUGCCCAACAACGGCAAACUGGAGAUGGUGCCAGCCGCACGGCAGGGGAUUGGAAUGAAGAGUACGGUUCGGAUCGCUUUGCAGCUGGAAGAUGGAUCCAGACUCCAACAUCACUUUCAGUCCAACUGCACUCUGUGGGAUCUUCUUAAUCACUUUCCUCAGACGAGAGUUUCUGAACAACAUCUGUUUGAAGCUACUCCAGUCUGUGUUUAUAUGAGGGAUGAGAUAAGUGGACAAUCUGCACUAAAGAAAACAACCCUCCGAUUACUUGGUCUCACUUCUGGUAGUGCCAUAAUUAGGUAUGUCCUGAAGAAAUCUAGACCCGAUGAGCCCAUGGAUUUGGCAGUCGUUUCUGAAGGACAGCCAGUGAGAAAAACCUCAGCCACCAAGGACGUCGAUGGCUUCCCGUCCGAACCAAACACCUCGGAUCAUUCUGUGAAAGAUUCAAACUCCAAUGGGUUGACUGAGGCUGUGGCAAGCAGAACUGUGGAGCUCUCUGAAGGAAACCAGGACGGACCACCAAAGUGCUCUGACAACGAAGAGCUCAGCCAAGAGACUGCAGACGUUUUGCAAACAAAAGAGAAUGGAAGCAAAUUGUCAACUGACCAGAUCAGCUGUGUGGGGAGGCGAAGUGUGUCUCCAGGCAAAGCUGCUGUUUCUAAAACGGGUACUUCCUCAGAAAGGCCUGAUGUUCCUGAGCUCGGUGCCUCUUGCACACCACACGAGAACCGUGUCCCGUUUGUUCCUUUCAAAGGAGGUGGGCAGCAACUGGGAGGAUCGGAGGCUGGAGGGGAAAAGUCUCCCUCGGAUAAAAUGGCACCCAGAUCUGUUUCCAGUCCAGGUGGCCCACCACUUCCAAAGAAAUCUAAACCCACGCUUGAGCAGUCACCCUCUAAGUGCCCAGAAAAUGCGCAACGUAAAGCAUUCGCCUUGCCAGAGACGUCACCCACGCAAGAGCAUUUGAAGACUGUUGACCGAGAGGCACUCAUUUACCAUCCGGAUUUGAAGCAGCAUAGCUCUGGGGGAGAUGCGUCGAGGGCUUUUGAGGAACCAGCAGAUGAUUUCUUCGAGAUUACUAUGGACGACGUCAGAAAACGUUUUGCAGAACUAAAGAGCGAGCGACGUCGUUUGGAGGAGGCGCCACUCAUAACCAAAGCCAUGCGGGAAGCUCAGAUGAAAGAAAAAACACAGCGAUACCCCAAGGUUACAAUACGAGUGCAAUUUCCUGAUGGAUCCGUCUUGCAAGGUUUCUUCCGACCUCUGGAAACAGUUGCAGCAUUGAAACAGUUUGUGAAGAUGCACCUCAAGCACCCAGAGGUUCCCUUUUAUUUAUUUAUGGCACCACCUAAAGUACUUCUUGAUGACUUAACUGAGACACUAUUCCAGGCAAACUUGUUUCCUGCCUCUCUUGUCCACUUUGGCUCUGAAGUCAGAACGGAUUGCUACAUCAGCGAGGAGUUCCUAGAGUCCCCAGCUGCCAUUUCCCAGGCAAACGUCACCGUAGCCAGCUCUUGUCCCCGAGCUACAGCCCCUACCACUAUCUCACCAGUUUCGGAAGCACAGCUUGAAACAACUGCUGAGGAUGGGGGAGAAGAGGGAAUGCCAGAGACAGAACUAACGGCACAUUCUGGGGUUCGACAUAACAAUAACAUCAGUAAAGUUCCCAAAUGGCUCAAGCUGCCCGGAAAGCGUUAGGAGGAGGAACGGAACAAGCUCUCUACGGUUAAAUAGAAACUUCAAAGGGUUGAAAGCAAAUAUUUUGCUUUGUUUCUGAUUUGUGAAAUGUGCAUUUCACUUAUGACUUUGUUUUUGCUUCAGAGGUUGUUUGAACGGUAUGGGUUCAGAGGGCAUUAAUCGUGUUCAAAAUUGGCUCGAGACUAGCGGGUGAUUUACAAUAAAAUCUGGAGGAAAAUUUGCCACAAAUGAA